UCUCUUGACCAGGUUGGAGCAGCGGAACUGAGAUACGCAGUUGAAAUGUCUGGUGGAUUUCUCUUACUGGGAGAGACAUUUGAAUCCGAACAAUUCAAAAAAUGUCUUAGGCAUAUAUUCAGCCGCGAUGCAGAUGGGAACCUGAGUAUGUAUUUUGAUGUGUCUUUAGAAGUUGUGACGACUAAGGAUAUGAGGAUCUGUGGUGCUCUCGGUCCGGUUGUGUCGCUAAGCCAAAAGAACGAUAUAGUGAGCGAAACAGAGAUUGGUGAAGGCGGAACAUAUACAUGGAAAACGAGCACUGUCACAAAUAAGACAUGUGUUUCCUUCUUCUUUCAAGUGAGCAGCGAACAGAAUCGAAAACCGCAGCCUGGUUCCGCGUUCUUCAUUCAGUUCAUUACUCGGUAUCGGUAUGGAAAUGGAGGAAUGAGGAAACGGGUUACAACGGUUGCUAGAAGAUGGGUUGUUGGAAAAUCUCCAGAAGUCUCGUCAGGAUUUGAUCAAGAAACAGCUGCUUCAGUUAUGGCGCGGCUUGCAAUUAACAGAGCAGAGGAGUGUUACGCCAGAGACGUUAUUAGGUGGUUAGAUGACGGUUUAAUCCGCUUUGCUUCACGGUUUGGAGAUUAUAUUCAAGAAGAUCCAUCUUCUUUCAGGUUGACUCCAAACUUCUCGCUUUAUCCUCAGUUCAUGUACUACCUACGAAGAUCACAGUUUCUUGACGUCUUCAACAAUUCCCCUGAUGAAACCGGAUUUUUCCGGUUAAUGUUAAACCGGGAAGGAGUGGUAAACUCAAUCAUCAUGAUUCAACCAACGCUUCUCCGGUAUUCAUUCGAUGGACCACCGGUUCCGGUUCUCCUCGAUAUCCGGUCAGUAACUGCAGACGUGAUUUUGCUAUUCGAUUCAUACUUCUACGUGGUUAUCCACCAUGGAUCAAAAAUAGCACAAUGGAGGAAACUUGAGUAUCAUAAAGACGCAAACCACGAGACUUUCCGGAACCUUCUUGAAGCACCGGAGAUUGAUGCAGCUCAGUUAGUGACUGAUCGGAUUCCAAUGCCGAGGAUUGUGCGGUGUGACCAGCACGGUAGUCAAGCUCGGUUUCUUCUUGCCAAGCUCAAUCCUUCGGUGACUCAGAAAACAGAUCAUACUGGUGGUUCAGAUAUUGUUCUUACUGAUGAUUUGAGCCUUCAAGAUUUCCUCGAAGAUUUGCAAUCUCUGGCAGUGAAAGGCUGAGAAAUGUGGGAGCAAACUAGUAAAUUGGUUCUGUUUUGAAUCGGUACAGGUAAUGAUUUUGACUAAUUGGGUUUUGUACGAAAAAAUUAAUACAGUACUGGUAUUUUAGUCAUCAUCUAUACCUGUUAUUGUCAGGUCUUCUGAAUCGUUUAGAUAGAAAUGGGAAUUUGAAAUGUAUGAUUUGGUUUGGACCUGAUUUAUUACAGAAAGGUUUUGAUCUUUGUGAGCUA